CAGUUUGUUUCCACGGAGCUGAAGAAGCUUAUGGGUUAUCGGUGCUGACUGGCUAAUUUACGGUUUUUCUCCUCCAUUUCAGCUGUGAUUCUCUCGUAAAUUAUACAAAAACCAAACGUUGUUGUCUUCCUAAGGGGUCUGAUUGAUGUUUAACCAAUUGAUUCAACGAGGGAUUUCCAUUCAGAAUGGUAUCACUGGCAACUCUGGGCUGAGAGUGAACCCGUCAAAUUCUUGUUGCUCGGACACCUGUCGCAAUGGCACAAUGACAGAGCAAUUAAAUAACAACCAAACUCUCUUUUCUUUCGAACUAUUGGUGGAAUAUAUCAGAAUAGACAAAACCAGAAAAUGUCUAAAUUAUUCAGAUGAAUUAGCCCUCGGUGUGAGACUACUGGACUUCCCAACUCUGCUCAUCUAUCAACCAGAAACGUCUACUCCACUGCUAGAUCAACGGCACCAUGAGGACGAGGACAUUGAGAAGGAAAACCAGCUCUAUCAAGCCCACGACACGUUUAAAUACCCUUUCAACAAAGGCAAGUCGUGUUUGUUCAAAACCCACCUGGACUCCCUCCACACCCACCUAUCCAACACUCCUCUGCAUGCCGUGGUCCUGGAUAUGAGGGGAGAGGUUCCCACGUUGAUAGGCAGCUCGCUGGUGUCUCUGGUCAGGUUGAUAGACUGUAUCAGGUGUGAUGUGGAGGUUCAUGGUAUCUCCUCUCCCUCUUCCCAAGGAGAGAAAGGACUUGUUGAUUUAUUUAAUCUCAUGGGAGAGAAAAUAGGUGUUCUUUCUUUGAGAUAUAAUCUGUUCAGUCUGGGAAGUAGUUCAUUACCACAUAUACCUGAUAACAGGGUAUUGCCAGUUGGUAUUACACACGGGACGGACUCUAUGAAACCAAUAGAACAUUUACAGGCCGAUCGUGGGAAAGGAACGAAACCACUUGACUUGGACAUUGACAACAGGCCUUCCAAGGUCCUUUAUCAGAAUAUUGAUAUAAAUGACAAGCCCACUGAGAUAGUGGUGUCAGAAGCACGGCAGACUCUUCCAGUUUCAACUGGCACUCAAACAGAACAUUCUAGAAGCAAGCAGCAUCACCGAACACUCAGAGUGGCUGCUAUCGAUGAGGAACAUGAUGAGGGAAGCCUCUAUGUUCAGCCCCCAUCUCUUUACUACAGCAGUUCUGUAGAACAACAACAGGAGAAUGAACCAGGCCACUACAGGGUGUUAGACAUGGAGUCUCUCAGGGUAGAGGAUCUGGACUUGGGGAAUGAGGAGACACCUGAUGAGACACAGGUUCCUGCUACAGACCACAGGUGUAGACAGAGACCGGAUGUGGUUAUGGAGUCUAGAGGCAGGGAAGAGAGGGGACAGCACCAACCCCAGCAGAUGGCAUCUAUCUUAGGGGAGGCUCUGAGACCGCUCCCUCUAUUGAACACCUUGCUAGUUGAGCUCGCCCAGCUGAGUGGACAGAGUCAGACCCAGCUACAGCAGCUCUUUUCAGUCCACCCCAACCUAGCAUGGAUCUACAGGCCACUGACAGAGCCUUCUAAUGGACAGGUGGACUGGCCUCAGUCCCAGGGCCUACGAGACACCACAACAUCACCACAGAGAGGCAGGCAGUCUCCUUGCCCAGUGGUUCCCGAACUAUGGGUUGGACCCAGCCCCAGAGUGAAGAACAGGCCUCUUCAGGAACAAUGCAGCACUACCACACAAAGUUCUAUCAGAAAAACAAACUGGGAGAAUACAAUGAGUGGCAAUACAGUGUCCAAGUCCUCUCCCAAGAAGAAGUUAAGUUUUGGAAUGACAAAAACGUUCCGCCUAAGAAUGAAGCAGGUUCAACCUUGUGGGAUGAAAUGCCACCUCCAUGAGUGCAGAAAGCAACAGACAGACAAACAGACACUCAAGACCAAGGGUCAUAGCAGGAAGUCCAACAACAAUAACAGACAAACGGAUAAACCUAUAGAUGGGAGGAAGCUACUCAAUAGGAAUGAUAUUCUAAAUGAGGACAUUGCGACUUCGAUAAGUAGCCUAGACAGAGACCGUGGACGGCAGGGAAACAUCUCAACAGGAACCCAGCAGGAACUAAUAGACACAUUCACAACUAGUGUCAAUGCAGAGGAUUUUUACUGUAAGAGAGAUGACUCCUCCCAAAGAUUACCAAAACAGAAACCAUCAUCCCAUUCCAAGCAGGACAGUCACAGUAAACUAUGGGUGCAUAUUCCCAGUGUUGAUCACACAGAGGAGGUGUUACGGAGUGGAGAGUACGACCAUGGUGACUCUGACAGCAGAGGAGACGGGGAUGAGACUCCAAGAGGCUCCAAACCCAGACCGCACCUUUUAGACUCUGGCCACAAGCCCCACAUGUCAGACACCAGAAGAACCCCCAGACUCAAACACCCCCACUCAGCCUCCAGCAGUGAUAGGUUGGACAGUGUGGGGGCAGUAGAAUACCUGGAUGACUUCAGCAGUCUAGACCCUACUGAUGGUGACGGGUUCUCACCUUCAACUGACCUUCUCAGUAGCCCUGAACCUGUUUCAGGUAGGACUAGGGGGAGGAGCCCCGAGCCUGUUGGGGGUGGGAAGACUAGGGGGAGUAGCCCUGAGCCUGUUUCAGGUAGGACUAGGGGGAGGAGCCCCGAGCCUGUUGGAGGUGGGAAGCCUAGGGGGAGUAGCCCUGAGCCUGUUUCAGGUAGGACUAGGGGGAGGAGCCCCGAGCCUGUUGGAGGUGGGAAGACUAGGGGGAGUAGCCCUGAGCCUGUUGGGGUUGGGAAGACUAGGGGGAGGAGCCCUGAGCCUGUUUCAGGUAGGACUAGGGGGAGGAGCCCCGAGCCUGUUGGAGGUGGGAAGACUAGGGGGAGUAGCCCUGAGCCUGUUGGGGGUGGGAAGAUUAGGGGGAGGAGCCCUGAACCUGUUGGGGUUGGGAAAACUAGGGGGAGGAGCCCUGAGCCUGUUGGGGGUGGGACCAGGGACAAGACGAGGAGCCGAGUGUCAGGUGACCAUAACUCUGACGGCUCCAGUGUCUCAGAGAGAAGCCAGAGAAGAAGAGUGGCUCCGCCUCUUCCUGUUCCUGUUAAAGCUGAGACGUCUCCCCAGCGCUCCCUGAUGAACACACACGUCAUCAGACCUCGUACCCAGGACUCAGUCCUUAGCGUCUCCUCUGACAACAGUGUUGGAGACACGCCUGCAUCCAUACACUCAGUCUGCUCUAGAACUCAGCUGGCAGCAAGACCUUGUAGUGGAGGAGCCAUGAGGUCUGGUUCUGGGGCUAGAAGAACCUCAACCAACAGGCCUGGUGGCACUUGGUCUCAGGGAGCCAAGGGGUCUUUCUCUGAGAGUCUUAGAGCAUCAAGCCAACUCCGUGACAUCCAUACUGGCUACAUCCCCAAAGAACCCAAGGACAGAGCACCAGACAGGGGAUACUAUGUAGACACCCACACUGACUCCAUCCACACUCAGAACAGUAGGUCAGACAGGGGGUACUCUGUAGACACCCACACUGACUCCAUCCACACUAAGAACAGUAGGUCAGACAGGGGGUACUCUGUAGACACCCACACUGACUCCAUCCACACUAAGAACAGUAGGUCAGACAGGGGAUACUCUGUAGACACCCACACUGACUCCAUCCACACUAAGAACAGUAGGUCAGACAGGGGGUACUCUGUAGACACCCACACUGCCUCCAUCCACACUAAGAACAGUAGGUCAGACAGGGGGUACUCUGUAGACACCCACACUGCCUCCAUCCACACUAAGAACAGUAGGUCAGACAGGGGGUACUCUGUAGACACCUGCAUCUCUACUAACUACAACUCCUCACCCGAGUCCCACAAGGCUGAAGAUAUAGAAGAGGAGCUAACUGAGGAGGCAGGAGAGGAGCUAACUGAGGAGGCAGGAGAGGAGCUAACUGAGGAGAGAGGAGAGGAGCUAACAGGAGGCAGGAGAGGAGCUAACUGAGGAGAGGAGAGGAGCUAACAGGAGGCAGGAGAUGAGAUAACUGAGGAGAGAGGAGCUAACUGAGGAGAGAGGAGAGGAGCUAACUGAGGAGAGGAGCUAACUGAGGAGGCAGGAGAGCUAGCUAACUGAGGAGGCAGGAGAGGAGCUAACUGAGGAGAGAGGAGAGGAGCUAACUGAGGAGGCAGGAGAGGAGCUAACUGAGGAGAGAGGAGAGGAGCUAACAGGAGGCAGGAGAGGAGCUAACUGAGGAGAGGAGAGGAGCUAACAGGUGGCAGGAGAUGAGAUAACUGAGGAGAGAGGAGCUAACUGAGGAGAGAGGAGAGGAGCUAACUGAGGAGGCAGGAGAGCUAGCUAACUGUGGAGGCAGGAGAGCUAGCUAACUGUGGAGGCAGGAGAGCUAGCUAACUGUGGAGGCAGGAGAGCUAGCUAACUGUGGAGGCAGGAGAGCUAGCUAACUGUGGAGGCAGGAGAGCUAGCUAACUGUGAAGGCAGGAGAGCUAGCUAACUGUGGAGGCAGGAGAGCUAGCUAACUGAGGAGGCAGGAGGGCUAGCUAACUGAGGAGGCAGGAGAGCUAGCUAACUGAGGAGGCAGGAGAGCUAGCUAACUGAGGAGGCAGGAGAGCUAGCUAACUGAGGAGGCAGGAGAGCUAGCUAACUGAGGAGGCAGGAGAGCUAGCUAACUGAGGAGGCAGGAGAGCUAGCUAACUGAGGAGGCAGGAGAGCUAGCUAACUGAGGAGGCAGGAGAGCUAGCUAACUGAGGAGGCAGGAGAGCUAGCUAACUGAGGAGGCAGGAGAGCUAGCUAACUGAGGAGGCAGGAGAGCGAGCUAACUGAGGAGGCAGGAGAGCUAGCUAACUGAGGAGGCAGGAGAGCUAGCUAACUGAGGAGGCAGGAGAGCUAGCUAACUGAGGAGGCAGGAGAGCUAGCUAACUGAAGAGGCAGGAGAGCUAGCUAACUGAAGAGGCAGGAGAGCUAGCUAACUGAGGAGGCAGGAGAGCUAGCUAACUGAGGAGGCAGGAGAGCUAGCUAACUGAGGAGGCAGGAGAGCUAGCUAACUGAGGAGGCAGGAGAGCUAGCUAACUGAGGAGGCAGGAGAGCUAGCUAACUGAGGAGGCAGGAGAGCUAGCUAACUGAGGAGGCAGGAGAGCUAGCUAACUGAGGAGGCAGGAGAGCUAGCUAACUGAGGAGGCAGGAGAGCUAGCUAACUGAGGAGGCAGGAGAGCUAGCUAACUGAGGAGGCAGGAGAGCUAGCUAACUGAGGAGGCAGGAGAGCUACCCACAUGAAGAAUGUGCUUCCUAGGGACAAAUGUAUCAAGCAUCUCAAUAUAGUGCUGCUGAUCUAGGGUCAGAUAUUCCCUGUCCAUAUGAUCUUAAUUGUGAUAUUAAAGGCAAAACCAGUUCUCCUACUCUAAUGCUGUGUUUACACACUAAUUGGUAUUUUCACCAAUCAGAUCAGUUCUGAAAAUGAUCUGAUAUGAAAAGAAAUUGAAAUUCAUCUAAUAAAGUGUUGAACAUCUUC